AUGUCUUUCUUUCUUUCAUCCAUUCAUUCAUUCUUUCUUCCAUUUAUUCUUUUUUUAUUUCUUUUCAAUUGGUCAAGACAACUUCGUUUGGGGUGUAUUUCUUCCUGCUUUCUUUUCUUUUCUUUUCUUUUCUUUCUUUCUUUCUUUCUUUAUUUAUUUAUUUAUUUCCGUUUUUCUUUAUUUCUUUAUUUAUUUUUUCCUUUCUUUCUUUCUUUCUUUCUUUCUUUCUUUUUUUUCUUCUUUUCUUUCCGUCUUUCUUUCUUUUUUAUUUCUUUCUUACUUUCUUUCUUUCUGUUUCCUUUCUUUUAUUCUUUCUUUCUUUUUUCUUCCUUUCUUUCUGUCUUUCUUUCUUUCUUUUUUCUUUCUUUCUUUUUUCUUCCUUUCUUUCUGUCUUCCUUUCUUUCUUUCUUUAUUUUUUCUUCCUUUCUUUCUGUCUUCCUUUCUUUCUUUCUUUCUUUCUUUCUUUUUUCUUCCUUUCUUUCUGUCUUCCUUUCUUUCUUUAUUUUUUUCAUUUCUUUCUUUCUCCCUUUUUGUCUUCCUUCCAUCCCUUCCAUCUCAUAUUCAUUCUGUCAUUCUGUUGUUAAACAACAGAAUUCCCUUUGUGAAGCCUUUUCUGUCUUUCGUCCAUUUUCUUUUUUUUUCUUUCUUUUUUUCUUUCAAUUAGUCAAUAUCAUUUUGUUCUUUCUUUCAUUCGUUUUUCUUUCUCUCUUUCAUUCCUGUUUCUCUUUCUUUUUAUAUACUUCUGUUUUCAUCAACACCAUGUUUUUUUUCUCUCCACCCCCCUCAUCCCUUCUUCUUCCUCCGUUCGUUCCUUCUAUUCGUCCUGCUUUCUUUCUUUUUCUUUUCUUUCUUUCUUUCUUUUCUUUCUUGUAUUUUCUAAGUUUUUCAUCUUUUCGUUUUCUUCUUCUCUCUUUUUUUUUUUUUCUUGGGUCAUGUUUUAAAGCAUUUUUCUCUUUUCAUCAACACCAUGUUUUUUUUCUCUCCACCCCCCUCAUCCCUUCUUCUUCCUCCGUUCGUUCCUUCUAUUCGUCCUGCUUUCUUUCUUUCUUUCUUUCUUUCUUUCUUUCUUUCUUGUAUUUUUCUAAAGUUUUUCAUCUUUUCGUUUUUCUUCUUCUCUCUUUUUUUUUCUUGGGUCAUGUUUAA